UUUGGCUUAUGAGUACAGCGGGCGAGUGAUGGGAAGCGCGUAAAGAAGCGACAGGGGAUCGAUUACUUACAUUUCGGUCUGAGAGAUUGUCUCUUGCUCUGAGUUUUGUGGGUCUGGUCAAAUGGUCGAGUCUGGCUGUCGUGUUUUCGGAGUGCGCUCCUAUAUACACCACUUCUACGAGGAGUGCACAGCCUCGAUGAGGGAGCAGCAAGAGGACUUUCAGAACCGGCGGUGGAGCUUAGGCCUCUGGAAGGUCACUCUUGUUCUUGGUGCAGUGAUACUGACAGUGGGGCUGGUGGUCAUGACAGUGGGCUAUGCCAUCCCCACUCGUAUUGAGGCUUUCGGUGAGGGGGAGUUGCUGUUCGUGGACCACCAGGCCAUGCGCUACAAUCGGUCGCUACACAUGUGCGUACUGGCCGGGACUGGGCUUCUCACACUGGGUGGGGUUUUGAUGGCAGGAGGAAUCGUGACGUCUAACUUCUCCAUGACUCCCACAAAACAGGAAGACUCCAGCCAACAGUCAUCAAGAGGAGAACGGAAGGGGGGAACCAGAAUUCCGAGUGCAAUGAAAAGUCCAGCAGACCCUGUGAUUAAGCCUCCCAGUCCGGCUUCUAGUGAUAGAGGAGUAUCUCCUCUAGCUAGGGACGAUAAAGUCCAGCAGAGCUCAUAAAAGAGCUGUAUGAUAAUCCCCAUUCAAGAGCCAAAUUGAUGUCAAAAGCGCCUAAAUUAUUUCAGUGAGAAAUUUGAGAGUGUCUUAUGUGUUAUGUAUUUUGUGAAGAGCCAAUGGCCAGAAACAUACUUUACGCUAGUAUGCUAAUACAAGUGUGAAUGCUUGGCAAGUGCAUUGCCAGAAUGCUGUCCUGUUGAACAUACUUAGGCCAGAAACAUACUUUGCACAAGUACACGUACCAAAGCGUGGUCCGGUUGAACAUGCUCAAUGUGCGUUCUUGCGUUACUGUGGCGGUAACAAAGCUCAGUACGCGAGGGGACGAUAGAGUUACCUUGAAAAUUCUGUGCCAUUAAACUGAAUGUUAUUGUUCAAAGUUGCGAUAAAUAUAUUAACUUUAAAGGUGCCCUCAGUAAUUUUUUCUCAUUAAAAAAGUUUUACUCCUAAAGAAAUUAAUAGUUAUAUUGACACAAGAUAAGAAGACUCCAGUCAUAUCAGUAACUUUAUAAAAGCUGUUUAAAUAUAUCUGGAGAGGGUCCUCUCAUGGGCUAGUCAUGUUAGGAUCACAUGACCUGCCAAAUACUACUAGCUUUAUCUCUGUAUUCCCCCUGUUAUUGGACAUUGUCCCCACAUCAACUACAUUAAUAAUGGCUGACUGUGAAUAGUGCAUUUCUACAAUGGCAUUGGUAACUGAAAACUAUUGCAUUUUAAUAAUAAUGACGUAUCUUGGCUACUGUCGUUUGAUGACAUAUUCAAAAAGUGCACCUUUAACUUACAUUUUCAAUAGUCUCAGCCUCAGAUAGCAUGCCCACUGACCCCACAGUCCAUUCUCUAACUGUCUGAUGCAUAUAGCACACAAAAGUGGAAAAUGCUUUCUCGAUCAACUAAGCACAAAUGUGAUGCAAGACUAUGCACACGGGACAUUUUAUCAGUCCGUCUGGAAGCCGAGUUGUGUUCACAAGGUUCCACAUUGAUAGAAUGAGUGCUUUUAAGGACAAAGUAAUCACAUAAUUUUCCCAUGUUUGCCAAGUUAGUGGCACCAAAUAUUUUAAAGAUAUUCAGAGUUUUGCGGAUGGCAUGUAGCGGAAAGUAAAGCAUAUAUCCACGAGCAGAUCUAUAUUUUCUGCUUUGCUAGUUAUGUCUGUGAAAUUCUCUACAAUGACAUUUUAGUGCUGUGCUGACACUUACACUUUCCUGUGUGUUUUCUGUGCAAUCAUUCACAGAGACUCAUGAGCCAUUAUAUAAAUACGUUUUUCUCCCAUGUCGGUCUUUAAUAAUGGUAUGAUACAUCACUGAUAACCCUUUCCCAAAACACCACGUAAUAACAAAACCAACUGUGUCGCUUAACAUCUCAUUAGGUGGCUUUUCCUGUCUAAAUGGGCAGUUCUUGGCCAAAUGAAGCUCCUAAAGAGCCCAUACCUACGCCGCUGUCAUAGGCCUGGCUACGCAAGGCUGCUUUCUCAGCAACAUUCUCUUUAAACUAUUUAUCCAUAUUGACAGUUGUUGACUGAAAAGAGAAAAUUCACCAUAGAAGCAAACCAUUCACACUAAUGUCCGCUAUAUUGCCCCUUGUGGCAACAUUGGAAUGCAACACAUAUUUUCAUUGUGUAAUGAAUUGUGUUCUGACAUUUUUCAGAAUGCAACAUUGCACACAAUCGAACUUGUGUAGUUAGAAUCACAUACUUGUGUAGAGUAUGUUUUGACCUUUCUUACAAAUUGUGCAUUCUUGCGUCACUAUGGCGGUAAUAAACCUCAGUACUCAAGGGGGCAAAAAAUCUUUGAAUAUUAUUUAAACUUGAUUUGUAUCUAUUCAGAUGCAGUAGCUAGCUAUAAACAUGUUGACAGCAAACUUACUUGUUCUGUGAGAUUCACUUUAAACUGUUGUUCCACCAUGAUAGUAGUUGACCUGGAAGUAAAACUGACCAUAGAAGACUUUAUGCUCAUGCCCUCAAUAGCGGCGGCCCUUGCUGCAAAAUGUGUGAUUUUGGAGACCAACGUGUGUAAUUGAGCUUGCAUAGCAUUCAUGUGCAUGCGCUGAGUAUGUUUUGGGCUUCUAUUGUUUUUAUAUCACAACUGAUGGUAUCUGUUGUUUUGUACUUGUCUAAUUAUUGCCAAAAUAUUUAUUGUAUUCUUAUAGUAUUGAUCAAGUGUUCAACCAAUUUGAGGGAUGCAAGUUUCAAUGCAGUUCUGUUUAAACUCUCCAACUCUCACUGUCUCUGUUUCAUAGUAUCUGAUAUUCUAUCAGGUAUUCUAC